CCACACUUUUGCUUGCAUCACAUCUCCAUCAUCUCCAUCGGUCAUUGCCGUCGUCACUACCCCCCUUUGUCGAGGUCAUCGUCACCCAUAUCUUCUUGUUUCCCACUUUACAUCUUUCACGUUGGACAGGACACUUGCGCCAAGCACCCAAAACCCACAACCCCCGGCAGGGCGGGUGUAGUCAAGAACGACAUCAUCAUCAUCACGAGGACCCCCACAAAUCGCCCUAGUAAACCCACGUCGUCGCCGCAUCGCAGCUCGCCGACAUCCACUCAACCAUGUCGCAGUUGCCGAUCAGAAAGAACAGCGGUGGCCCACACCACCCCUCAAAACAGGGUGUACCACCCAUACCACUCUUCCCGCAACAACUCAUGCAAUUGAAAGAGUCUCCAGCUUCAAGGUCCCGCUCCUACUCUGCCGACCCCAUGGACGACGAGAACGGCAUCCUCGUGACCGACGAGGAGGAGAUUGACGACCACCCAAAGGAGAGCAAGAAGGAGAAGAAGCCCCAUGCUACUCGUCGACGAGUAGUUCAGAGCUGCUCCGAAUGUCGUCGCCGAAAAAUCAAGUGUGACAAGAAGUUUCCAUGUGGUCCUUGUAUUCUCCGCCAAGACCAGGCGCGGUGUCAUGAGGUCGGAAUUGCAGAGAAACAGCUAGUGGCAUCCUCAAACUAUGCUACCACUCAGGAUUUGGCCAAUCUCGCCCAUCGUCUGGACGCGCUCGAAGCUGCCCUAGUCAAGGCAGGAACCAUUGUCCCCUCGGACCUGGAGCAGGUCCUCACCCAGAUCCAGGCAAAUGUCGCAACGACCCCCGUGCUUGAGCAGAGCCACAGCAAUGUGGCCAAUCCAAGCAUGGCCAGCAACCCUGCAAUGGGUAACACGGCCAACGAGGACGACGGCGACAAUGUUAGCGACACCGAGGGUGCCGCCCUCACGCUGGAGCACCUCGCUUUCGGCCGAGCCCGUGUCGACGGCGCACACUCUAUUGCGAGCUUCUCCACCCGCAAGGUUUCGUCGGUUAGCAAACAGGCUGCUGGUCAGGGCUACCACCUUGCCCAAGUGUCAAGUGGCACCGAGCAUGACAGCUUUACAUCGCCCCUCAGUCUUGCGCGUCGCUCCUUCUCCUUCAGCGAUGGCAAGAGCAUGAACCCGAGCGAGCACCAAGCUCGUAUCGUGGCCCUUGCUGAAGCACUGUCGCCCAUGGACGUCUUUGAGAUGUACACCCGCAAGACAGACGUCGUGCUCAACGCACUCACCCGUGUCCUCCCCUCGCACGAAAGGGGCGAGCUGCUUGUCAAUGCUUUCCUGAACAAGGUUGACUGGCUCCAUCGGCUCUUCCACACACCAACCCUGCUCAGCCAAUGCCGCGACCUGUGGUCACUACCGCGCGAGAGGGUUGUGCACGAGAUUUCGAUGCCCUUCAUGGCUGUCUAUUUCGUCGUCAUCACUCUUGGCCUCCACUUUAUGGACGCGUCGGAGGCGGAGAAACACUUCACGGCCGACGAAGUACAGUCCCUCUGCGAUGUUUGGUACAGCGCUGCGCGUUCGGCACAAUGGGCAAGUGAUUUUAUCGGCACCCAUACGCUGGAGAACCUCCAGGCCCUGAUCCUCAUGAGUGUGCUCAUGAACAACCGUGACCGUGCGGAUGCUGCUUGGGCCCUCCUGGGCGCCUCCAUCAAGAUGGCUCAGGGUCUCGGCCUAUCGCGUCUUGGGUCGGAGCAACAGGGCGGCGAGGGCGAAGAGCGUGCCAUGCCCAUGUGGAAGGGGCGCUGGGAGAGUCUCAUUCAGCGUGAAGUUGGCCGCCGCAUCUGGUGGAACCUCGUCUUCCUCGACUGGUCGCUCGCGCCGAGUUACAACUAUGCGAGCAGUAUCCAGCCAGAUCAGAUUAAGUCGGCCUUGCCCGCCAACAUUGAGGAUGAGGACCUCAUCGAUGGCCAGCCGCUGCGUGCGCAGAGGAUGAAUGUCCGCACGAGGAUGUCGUUCCAGCUCGCCAAGCUCAAGUUUGCCGAGAUCUCUCAGCGCCAGAUCUGGCAGGCGAACAACAACAACCACCCGCCGUACUCGUUCAUCCUCAGUGUUGAUCGCGAGCUGCGCAAGGCCAUGCUCGAGCUUCCUGCGUUCUUCCAGCCGGACAACAGCCUGAGCCCGACCACAUCGGACCCGAAGAAGCUGGUUGAGCACUACGAGAAGAUCACUCUCAGUCUUGCUAUCCACUCGCGAAUGCUCCGCCUGCACCGUCCCUGGCUGUCACGCGGCUACGAGGAUGAGCGGUUUGCGUACUCGAAGGAGCAGUGUAUCCGUGCUGCCCGCGCCAGUCUGCGCAUGAUGUCGGACACGUCUGGUGUGGCCCGCUUCCUGGAGAAGUGGUGGAUCCCUCUGUUCUACGUGACAGUUUCGGGCAUGGUUAUCAUUAUUGACCUUCUGAAAACCGCCAAGCGUGACAUGAAGUCGCGUCAAACAGAAGAAAAGAUUGCCGAGGUGAAGGGGGCUCUCGACCAGAUGCGUCACAUUUCGGAGACGUCUAUCCCCGCCAAGGCGGCCAUCAAGGUCAUGGACUUCCUGAUGGCCGAGGUUGAGGACCGUCGCAGACCUGGAGGCUCGUUACUUGGCAAGCGCAAGGGCAUUGAUGCUGCCGAAGGAGACGACGAGGAGCACAACCUGCAGCGCGCCGUCAAGCGCCUUAUCAGGCAGGCUCAGCUCGAGUCUGACAGCCCGACCAACUCGAGUGCGUCGUUUGUGUCGCCCAGCGGCGAGGCCCACACAGUCAGCCCGCGGGACAGCAAGUCAAUCCCAACACCAGAACAACGCCCCGUGUUCGGCGCAUACCCCAUGCCCGGCAGCAACGCGAGCGGUCAAUCGCAGUUGGAGUUGACGCAGACCAACAACAACGGAAACUCUUCCAACUCGAACGCGUUCGCCCCUACCUUCCAGUUUGCGACUCGGAACGAUGCCGGUGGCUUCAACUUUACGCUGGACCCAUCCGCCAACGUCGGUGCCGCCCUGCAGCAGUUUGACGCUCCUCAGUUUGUGUCCAACCAGCCACACCUUGACCCUGCUGUUGAGUCGAUGCUUGCGUCCUACUUCCCUGCCCCCAGCGCGUCGACCAACAACUCGGCUCCCCACAGCGAGCUUGGCCCUGCCGCCGCCCCCCAGGUGCCGGAUGACUUCCUCAGCCGUGUCUUCAGCUUCUCUUGGGACAGCAACCAGCAGCAGCAGCAACAGCAGCAGGCAUCCAACGCCUCCCAGUCUGCCCCGUCCUCGGCCGCUCCCUCCGCUUUGCCCACGCCGCAGAACCAGCAGAUUCAGCAGGGCAACCAGCAGAUCCAGACCAACGGUCCUGGAGUCCAGCCUGGAAACGGUGUCAACCAGCCGCAGCGCCAGGACUCGAUGUCGGCGUACGGCGCGUUUGACUGGUCUGGCCACGGUUGGAUGGCAUAG